AUGAAGCAGCGUUUCUCAUCUCUCGACGUCAGGGUCAUCGCCCACGAGCUCAACCAGAGCUUGGUGACUCUGCGCGUGGCCAACAUCUACGAUCUCUCCUCCAAAAUCCUGCUCUUCAAAUUCGCCAAGCCCAACAGCAAGAAGCAACUCGUUGUCGACUCCGGCUUUCGAUGCCACCUGACUGAGUUUGCCCGCACCACUGCGGCCGCCCCUUCUGCAUUCGUUACGCGGCUGCGCAAGUUCCUCAAGACGAGGAGAGUGACGUCGGUUGCCCAAGUAGGAACAGACAGGAUACUUGAGUUCCAGUUCAGUGACGGGCAGUAUCGCCUCUUCCUGGAGUUCUUCGCCAGUGGCAACAUUAUCCUGACAGACGCCGACCUCGGUAUCCUGACCAUUGCGCGAAACGUGUCCGAGGGCGAAGGACAGGAGCCACAGCGAGUCGGACUGCAUUACUCAUUGGACAAGAGACAAAACUAUCAUGGCAUUCCUGCUCUCUCCAAGGAGCGGGUUCGCCAUGCCCUACAGUCGGCCGCCGAAAAGGCUGCUGCCAGCCUCACAGCAGUAAAGAAGCCAAAGGGCAAAUCAGGCGCAACCUUGAGAAAGAGCCUUGCGGUGUCCAUCACCGAGCUGCCCCCCGCAAUAGUGGACCACACUCUCCAAUCCAAUGAUUUCCACACGACGAUGAAGCUCGAAGAAAUACUGGAGAAUGAGACGCUCUUGGACGAGCUCGUACGACUUCUGUCGGAAGCACGCCAAACAAUCGAGGACAUAACUUCUGCGCCUGUGUGUACGGGCUACAUCUUCGCGAGGUGCAGAGGAGACGAAGCGACCUCGGGCGAUGCUCCGCCAAAGAAAGAAGUCCUCCUCUACGAAGACUUUCACCCCUUUAUCCCCAAAAUGUUCAAGGACGAUCCCUCAGUCAAGACUCUCGAGUUUCACGGAUACAACCAGACUGUGGAUGAGUUCUUCUCGUCGCUCGAAGGUCAAAAGCUCGAGUCUCGCUUGAACCAAAGAGAAGUGACGGCCAAAAGAAAGCUUGACGCAGCCAGGCAAGACCAGGCCAAGCGGGUAGAGGGGUUACAGGAGGCGCAGACAAUGAACAUGCGCCGGGCCGCCGCCAUCGAAGCCAACGUGGAGCGCGUGCAAGAGGCCAUGGACGCCGUCAACGGCCUCGUCGCCCAAGGCAUGGACUGGAUAGACAUCGGAAAGCUGGUCGAGAGGGAGAAGAAGAGGCAAAAUCCUGUUGCUGAGAUCAUCAUGCUUCCCCUGAAACUUGCCGAGAAUGUCAUUACUCUCAAGGUAGCAGAAGAAGAGCCCGACGGUGACGAGGACGAUGAUCCCUUUGAGACAGACGACAGCGAAUCAGAAGAUGGAGACGGUGAAACGGGCGCGGAUGAGAGCAGACAAGCAGACAAGGGGAUAGUCGUUGAGAUAAACCUUGGCAUCAGCCCCUGGGGCAACGCGAGGGAGUAUUACGACCAGAAGCGAUCAGCUGCCGCCAAGGAAGAAAAGACGCAGAUGCAAGCAACGAGGGCUUUGAAGAGCGCUGAGCAAAAGAUCAACGAGGACCUCAAAAAGGGGCUGAAGCAGGAAAAGGCCCUUUUGCAGCCCAUUCGAAAACAGCUGUGGUUUGAAAAGUUCAUGUGGUUCAUCUCGUCGGACGGGUAUCUGGUCAUAGGGGGCAAAGAUCCGGCACAGAGCGAGUUGCUCUACAGGAAAGCUUUACGAAGAGGCGACGUCUACUGCCACGCAGACUUGCGUGGGGCACCGAGCGUUGUGAUCAAGAACAACCCAAAGACGCCCGAUGCCCCGAUUCCUCCAGCAACGCUGACUCAGGCCGGCUCGCUCUCGGUAUGCUCUUCAGAUGCAUGGGACUCUAAAGCUGGCAUGGGCGCGUGGUGGGUCAACGCCGAUCAAGUAUCAAAGUCGGCCCCGACGGGAGAGCUUUUGCCUACCGGGGUCUUUGCGGUGCGAGGCGAAAAGAGCUUCUUGCCACCCCCACAGCUUCUGCUCGGCCUCGGCGUGAUGUUCAAGAUUAGCGAGGAGAGCAAGGCCCGACAUGCCAAGCAUCGACUAGACGGGGGCGACACUGUUGGCGAGACUACUGCCGAAUCGGACCAGACGGGAAAUCAGAGGAGACCCGCAGCCACGGAGGCGCUUGAAGACAACGAGGAGGGUGCGAGGGAUGAUGCCGCUGCACAUGCCAACACUGACGACAUGUCUGACAACGAGUCUGAAGAAGAGCCGGAACUCGAGUCUGAGCGCGACAACCCUCUGCAGGUAUCCAGCGAUGGGCAUGGUGAUGACAGCGUGGAAGCCGCGGAGGACGCCAUGACCGAUCUCAACGUCACGGAGCAGCCCUAUGAACUUGAUCCUGAGGAGGACGAGGCUAGAGAAGUGCCUUCUCGCGGCCCUGCACCGAGCAAGAAAGCCCCCCCGAAGCGUGGCCAGAAGGGAAAGGCGAAGAAGAUUGCCAACAAGUACAAAGAUCAAGACGAGGAAGACCGUGCCGCUGCCGAGGCGCUCAUCGGAGCAGCUGUCGGGAAGCAGAGAGCCGAAGCAGAGGCAAAGGCCAGGGCCGAGGCCCAGGCCGAGCUCGAGGCGGCCAGGGAGCGGCGCCGAGCGCAACACCAGCGCCAACAAAAACAGACGGCCAGGCACGAAGAAAUCCGGCGCGUCAUGAUGGACGAAGGGGUCGACACGCUCGAGGGCGACGAGGCCGAAAAGGUCACGGGGCUCGAUGUGCUUGUCGGCACGCCGCUGCCCGGCGACGAGGUCCUCGAGGCGAUUCCCGUCUGUGCGCCGUGGAGCGCGCUGGGCAAGUUCAAGUACAAGGCCAAGAUGCAGCCCGGGGCGACAAAGAAGGGCAAGGCGGUUAAGGAGGUGGUGGAGCGGUGGAAGCUCGACUCGGCAAGAAAGGGGUCUGUCGACGAGGCGGCGAGGGACACGGAGAGGAUGUGGCCGCGGGAGGUGGAGCUUCUCAAGGGCUUGAAGCCAGAGGAGGUGAUUAACUGCGUUCCCGUGGGCAAGGUGAAGAUCAUGAUGUCGGGUGGCAGCGGCGGUGGCGCAAAGGGCAAGGCAGGCGGCAAGGGGCAGGGGAAAAGCGGACGCGGCGGCAGAGGAUCCAAGAAGUAG